GGGCCCGCAGCCCUGUGGCUGCCAAACUUCAUCUUGCUCUCCUGGAGCCUGCCUUCUUUGGGGCGCCCUCUCCCCUCGCUCCCCCCUCAGCUGCAUUCCCCCUGUCUCGGCGUCCCCUCCUCUCCUCUUUGCCUGCAAGGCCAGCUGAGUAGGUGUGGGCACCCUGGAUGGGAGGAGGUUCCCACCGGGUCUCGGAGCUCCCUUCCCGGGCUCCCAAGGGGAGCUCUCCGUGGCUGCACCUUGACCUAAGAUGGCGUCUUGCACCCAGCUGGGCAGUUCUGGCCUGCGUAGGGCUGGGGAGGAAGGGCGGGCUGGGGGCUGCACAACUGCCCCCUCUCAAACCAGAGGGGACGGGAGCCUUCGGGGAGGAGUAUCCUCAGCCGGGUGACCCAGCUUGCCCCUCAUGGCUGUGCCCAGAGACUGCCAUCACCAUCCCCGGGGACAGUUCGGUCUUCAUGUUUCACCCUGGGCUGCCAGCGGCUGAGUGUCCUCCUGGGCGAGCAGGCGGGCAGGCUGCGCAGGGAUUCUGGGAUCAGGUGCUGCUCCUCUGUGCCUCCUCCCUCCCGGGCAGAUGUGACAGCUGCAGCCUGGGGAAGGAGUCUUGCGUUGCUGGGGUGUUGGGACUGGCCUGUGGGAUUUGGGAAGCCCAGCUGCCAGGCAGACCCCCUUUGGGCUAUCCCCUGUGCUGGCAGGGGCCAUUUGCAGGUAGUUAGUUAGGGCAGUCACUUGCCUUUGGAUGGUUGGGUUGUGGAAGUCCUUGUGGGCUCUUGGGGCCAGCUCACUAGUUCUGUCUGCCACUGGGGUUCCUUAAGGCCCUGGUGAAGCUGUUGACAGGUUGUGUGUGUGUGUGUAUGUGUGUAACCAGAUAGCCCCCCCCCAACUAACUUGUGUCAUAGGUCUGGCACCUGCAUGCCUCUCCUCUUGCAGCCCCCUUCUCUGGGCCCCGAUGGCUCUGGAGGCCUCCGCUGGUGCUUUGGCUUUAUCCACACCCCCUCCCGCUCUCCCCCAUCAAAUCUGCAGCUCCUGAUUCCCGGGCUCAUGAUGGCCCUGCCUUUUCCUUGUUACCUGGCCCAGGCUCUCUAGUGCUUUUGGGGUGCCUAACCCGAGGGAAAGUGAAUCCCCUUUAGACUCAAGGAACGGACAUCCCAAGUGCAAGGUCGGCCUUGCACACUGGAGGAGCCUAGGGAGGCCGCCAGUGGCCAUCUGUCAGGGUGGAUCCUGCAGGCAGGAUUCCUCCAUGGGUGGGGGUUGGAUGGAGCUUGAAGGCCCAUUCCAACUGGGAAAUUCUGUGACUCUGAUUUUCCUGGUGGGAUCUCAGACCCAGAAUAGGGCUAGGGUGGUCUCUUCCCUUCACAGUCGUGGUGCUGGAAAAGGUGGGAGAGAGUAGUGUCUGCCAGGGGGUGGGCUUUGGGGGGAGGUGUGUGUGCUGGCCUGUCAGGUCUGACCGCAGAGGGUGUAAAGAAAACAGCUUCUAUGCAGCUUUUGCACUUGGUGCUCUCCUGAAGGCGCGUGUGUGGGAAUCUGUGUGGCUAAUAGACAGGAGUCUUCCCCAGUCCAGUCUGUGAGGAGUCCCUCCGUCCUUGGGGAGAUUUCACUUACCAUCUCCACGCACCUGUCCGCCAUUCUUUCCAACAAGCCAGCCAGGAACAAGAUGAGCUGAAGGAUCCUUGUCCGCCAUCUCUGGGUGGGAGGAAUUGACAGUGGUCUGUUCUCUGGGGAAUUCUGGGUGUUCUGUUGGGUAUUUAGUGGGGCUCCCAUGAGGAGGACAGCUUCGUCAGGCUCCCCAGUCUCUCCCAGGCUGUGGCUCUUUCUCUUAUCCCUUCUGUUGGCUAUUAGUCCAGUGGUUAUGGCCUGCUUAGAGGCCUCCAGGGCCGCUCCCUGUUUGUAGGCCACCUGGAGAGAUUAGCUCUCCCCGAGACCCAAGCUCUUUCCCAGAGUCCCUCAAGGCUCCUGUCGUAAGGGAGCUAGAUAGAAAAGGGAGUCUCAGCACAGCCCUGCCUUUCAGAUGGGUGGACCCUCUUCUAAGAUGUUACCAUGGAUGCUCCAGCCCUCAGGAUUGUGGGUAGGAAGAGAGCUAGAGGCUCUGAGAGCACCAAGAGCUGGAACCGGGCCUCUGUGGGAAAGGCCAACGCCAGUUCCUUAUGUGGCUGGCUCUUCCACCCAGGGCCUGAGGCAGAAGGGCUACUAUAUGCUUUGAGCACUCAUGGCCAUCUCCAGUUUGCUGGCCUACGGUCCCCCCCCACACACACACACACUGAUGGUUGAGUGCGGUUGGCUUGUAGACAGAGCUGGCCUGUGGUCCUUGGGAGAGUUGGUUCCACCUCCAUUUUAGAAACCAUCAGCUUUCUCACCAAGGCUGGGGCUCUGCAGGGACUCUGCUGCUCCCAACCAGGGCUUUAAUAGUGAAUUUAAUGUGCCAGGUGCCCUUCCCUCCACUCCCCUCCCACCCUUGGGAAGAGGGUCUUGCUAUGUAGUCAAGCCUAGCUUUGAAUUGAUUGCCCGGCCUUUGCCUCCCAAGUGCUGGCGUUAUAAGGAGACCUCUGUGUAAACUUUAAGGGCUUAUUUUUGGGUCUUUGUCUUUUUCUUUUCUUUUUUGAAAUCAUGGUUACCCACCGAGGCUGGCCUCAAAACUCCGGCACUCAAGCCUUCCUCAGCCUUCCUCAGCCUCUCUUGUAUCUAGGGUGACAUGCAUCUGGCUUCAUUUGUCUUUGUUGAUUACAGUAUUUCUCCCUAAAAAAAAAAAAAAUUAGCCAAUUGAGUUCCAUAAAUACAAGAAGUAGCCUGAGCUCUGUGGUGUGUCUGAGCUACCUCCAUUUGGCUAAUUGUGUGGGCACGAUGGGGUCCACGCGGUGUGUGUGCAGACCUGUGUGGACGCAGCAGAGCUUUCGGUACGUGAGCCAGGCCAGCGUGGCGUGAGCAAGGGUCCUGAGUGAGGAGGCGGCAACUGUUGACUCAGCCAGCUACGGGACUUCACUGUUGGCUCCCGGGAUGUGUGGAAGAGCCGGUCACCGUCUUAGCCCACGGGCAGAACCACCUGAGGCCCAGCGCUGAGGCAGCACUCUUCCGAGGGCUUGACAUCAGGAUCUAUGUUUAAGUUUUAGCUCUUGCUUACAAAGACCACGAGAAUUCCUUCUCUGAAGCGCUUGCAUCCCCACAGUGCCCUCACAGCCUGCCUCCUACUGCCCAGCUGCCAGCAAUGCCCUCCAGCGGCCCCGGGGACACCAGCAGCUCCUCUCUGGAGCGGGAGGAUGAUCGAAAGGAAGGAGAGGAACAGGAGGAGAAUCGUGGCAAGGAGGAGCGCCAAGAGCCCACCACCACAGCCCGGAAGGUGGGGAGGCCUGGCCGGAAGCGCAAGCACCCACUGGUGGAGAGCAGUGACACCCCCAAGGACCCUGCAGUGACCACCAAGUCUCAGCCCAUGGCCCAGGACUCUGGCCCCUCAGAUCUGUUACCCAAUGGAGACUUGGAGAAGCGGAGUGAACCCCAACCUGAGGAGGGGAGCCCAGCUGCAGGGCAGAAGGGUGGGGCCCCAGCUGAAGGAGAGGGAACUGAGACCCCACCGGAAGCCUCCAGAGCUGUGGAGAAUGGUUGCUGUGCAACCAAGGAGGGUCGUGGAGCCUCUGGGGAAGAGGGCAAAGAACAGAAGCAGACCAACAUCGAAUCCAUGAAAAUGGAGGGCUCCCGGGGCCGACUGCGGGGUGGCUUGGGCUGGGAGUCCAGCCUCCGUCAGCGGCCCAUGCCAAGACUCACCUUCCAAGCAGGGGACCCCUACUACAUCAGCAAACGGAAACGGGACGAGUGGCUGGCACGUUGGAAAAGGGAGGCUGAGAAGAAAGCCAAGGUAAUUGCAGUAAUGAAUGCUGUGGAAGAAAACCAGGCCUCUGGAGAGUCUCAGAAGGUGGAGGAGGCCAGCCCUCCUGCUGUGCAGCAGCCCACGGACCCUGCGUCCCCUACUGUGGCCACCACCCCUGAGCCAGUCGGGGCUGAUGCUGGGGACAAGAAUGCCACCAAAGCAGCUGAUGAUGAGCCUGAGUAUGAGGAUGGCCGGGGCUUCGGCAUUGGAGAGCUGGUAUGGGGGAAACUUCGGGGCUUCUCCUGGUGGCCAGGCCGAAUUGUGUCUUGGUGGAUGACGGGCCGGAGCCGAGCCGCUGAAGGCACUCGCUGGGUCAUGUGGUUUGGAGACGGCAAGUUCUCAGUGGUGUGCGUGGAGAAGCUCAUGCCCCUGAGCUCCUUCUGCAGUGCGUUCCACCAGGCCACCUACAACAAGCAGCCCAUGUACCGCAAAGCCAUCUACGAAGUCCUCCAGGUGGCUAGCAGCCGUGCUGGGAAGCUCUUUCCAGCCUGCCAUGACAGUGACGAAAGUGACACUGGCAAGGCUGUGGAGGUGCAGAACAAGCAGAUGAUUGAAUGGGCCCUCGGAGGGUUCCAGCCAUCUGGUCCUAAGGGCCUAGAGCCACCAGAAGAAGAGAAGAACCCAUACAAGGAAGUUUACACGGACAUGUGGGUUGAGCCAGAGGCCGCUGCUUACGCCCCACCCCCACCAGCCAAGAAACCUAGAAAGAGCACAACAGAGAAGCCCAAGGUCAAGGAGAUCAUUGAUGAGCGCACAAGAGAGCGGCUGGUGUAUGAGGUGCGGCAGAAGUGCCGGAACAUCGAGGACAUCUGCAUCUCGUGUGGAAGCCUCAACGUCACCCUGGAGCACCCGCUCUUCAUUGGUGGAAUGUGCCAGAACUGUAAGAACUGCUUCUUGGAGUGCGCGUACCAGUAUGACGAUGACGGGUACCAGUCCUACUGCACCAUCUGCUGUGGGGGCCGGGAAGUGCUCAUGUGUGGGAACAAUAACUGCUGCAGGUGCUUUUGUGUGGAGUGUGUGGACCUUUUGGUGGGGCCAGGGGCUGCCCAAGCCGCCAUUAAGGAAGACCCCUGGAACUGCUACAUGUGUGGGCACAAGGGCACCUACGGGCUGCUGCGGAGACGGGAGGACUGGCCUUCUCGGCUCCAGAUGUUCUUUGCCAACAACCACGACCAGGAAUUUGAUCCCCCGAAGGUUUACCCGCCUGUUCCAGCUGAGAAGAGGAAGCCCAUCCGGGUGCUGUCUCUCUUUGAUGGAAUUGCUACAGGGCUCCUGGUGCUGAAGGACCUGGGCAUCCAAGUGGACCGCUACAUCGCCUCCGAGGUGUGUGAGGACUCCAUCACGGUGGGCAUGGUGCGGCACCAGGGAAAGAUCAUGUACGUCGGGGACGUCCGCAGCGUCACACAGAAGCAUAUCCAGGAAUGGGGCCCAUUCGAUCUGGUGAUUGGGGGCAGUCCCUGCAAUGACCUCUCCAUCGUCAAUCCCGCCCGCAAGGGACUUUACGAGGGUACUGGCCGCCUCUUCUUUGAAUUCUACCGCCUCCUGCAUGAUGCACGGCCCAAGGAAGGAGACGACCGUCCCUUCUUCUGGCUCUUUGAGAAUGUGGUGGCCAUGGGCGUUAGUGACAAGAGGGACAUCUCACGAUUCCUUGAGUCUAACCCUGUGAUGAUUGACGCCAAAGAAGUUUCUGCUGCACACAGGGCCCGUUACUUCUGGGGUAACCUUCCUGGCAUGAACAGGCCAUUGGCAUCCACUGUGAACGAUAAGCUGGAGCUGCAGGAGUGUCUGGAACAUGGCAGAAUAGCCAAGUUCAGCAAAGUGAGGACCAUUACCACCAGGUCAAACUCCAUAAAGCAGGGCAAAGACCAGCAUUUCCCCGUCUUCAUGAAUGAGAAGGAAGACAUCCUCUGGUGCACUGAAAUGGAAAGGGUGUUUGGCUUCCCUGUCCACUACACAGACGUCUCCAACAUGAGCCGCUUGGCGAGGCAGAGACUGCUGGGCCGGUCGUGGAGCGUGCCAGUCAUCCGCCACCUCUUCGCUCCGCUGAAGGAAUAUUUUGCUUGUGUGUAAGGGACAUGGGGGCAAACUGAAGUAGUGAUGAAAACAAAGUUAAACAAACAAACAAAAAACAAAACACAAUAAAACACCAAGAACGAGAGGAUGGAGAGAAGUAUCAGCACCCAGAAGAGAAAAAGGAAUUGAAAUCAAACCACAGAGGAGGAAGUGCCGGAGGGCCUGGCCUUGCCGCAGGGUUGAACACCAUCUCCUGAGUUUUCCAUGUUAAUCUUCAGUCCUAUUUAAACAGCAAAAUAGGCCCCUCCCCCUCUUCCCCUCCUGCCCUAGGAGGUGGACUUUUUGUUUUCUACUCUUUGCAGAGGGGUUUUCUGUUUGUUUGGGUUUUUGUUUCUUGCUGUGACUGAAACGAGAGAGUUAAUUGCAGCAAAGUCAGUAACAACAAAAAAGUAAAAGCCUUGGAGAGGAAAGGGAGAGAGGGAAAGUUCUAUAAAAAUUUAUAUAUUGUUUUUUUUUUUUGUUUUUGUUUUUUCCUUUUCCUAUAUAUCUCUUUGGUUGUCUCUAGCCUGAUCAGAUAGGAGCACAAACAGGAACAGAAUAGAGACACUCGAGGCAGAGAGCCCUCUCACAGCCACGAGCAGUCUCAACAGCACCAUUCCUGGUCAUGCAAAACAGAACCCAACUAGAGCAGGGCGCUGAGAACACCACACAAGACCCUUUUCUACAGUACUUCAGGUGCCUACCACACAGGAAACCUUGAAGAAAACCAGUUUCUAGAAGCCGUUGUUACCUCUUGUUUACAGUUUAUAUAUAUAUGAUAGAUAUGAGAUAUAUAUAUAAAAGGUACUGUCAACUACUGUACAGCCCGACUUCAUAAUGGUGCUUUCAAAACCGCGAGAUGAGUAAAAACAUCAGCUUCCACCUGGCCUUCUGUGCAAAGGGUUUCAGCCUGGGAUGGGGAGAGGGAGGCUGCUUGAGAGCUUGCAAUCCGAGGGAGAGGGUAUCAUUUUUCCCUCUGGUUUCUAACAGACCAGAGUAGGAACACCCCCACCCCCACCCCACGCCUAGCUUCUUGCCGAUAAGGGGCUCAGCUGAGGCGGUGGGGACCUGGGGAAGCGGAGUGUGGACUUUAUCCAGGCUCGCGUGCAAUAACCUUUAAACAGAACCUAAAAUGACUGCCUCGGUCAGAUGGCAUGAGAAAACCUUGUCCCUGAUUUUGAAUUUGUCAGCCACAUUGAAGGCUCCUCGUGGGAUCAGAAAUAAUCCAGAGUGAGGGAAAGUGACCAGCCGUUAACCCCACCUGGAGCAAAUAAAAAAACAUACAAAAUGUACUGGUGCUUUCUGUCUAAGUUGCCUUUUGUGUGUUCUUUUAUGAGCCCCCCUCCCCACCAUCCCCUCUGCACAAGGCAGCUUUGGUCCUGGAAUGUGAUGUUUUUGGUCAUCUCUGAAGACUGCAGUUUCAUACUUGGGAGGCUGAUGACACCUUAUUAUAAUUAUUCUUAUGGUUCUGGCUAUAAUUGUUUGUUUUCAGAUUUUUCUUUUGAGAAAACAAAAACCCAACACCCUUCCCUUUCGGUUUUAAACCAAGGUGCAGGGGGGGUGGCAGGUGCUUCUAAGGACCAGUGGCUCUGGUGCCCUGGCUCCCACCCCUCGGGCCAGGUGGGCCACUGGGCAGUACAGCAACAAGCUAGGCGGCCAGGGAAUUCUGAGGCCCACCCUCCGGGCCAGUCCCUCUUCUCUUCUUCUUCCCCUCCUCAUGAGUCCGGUGUGUCAGGGCUGGAGGGAGGCCGGGGCAGCCUCUCUCCUCGUGUGUGUGGUUGGCGUGGCGCGUGUUUCUUUUCUAGUGUUUGGUCUGAUAGCUGCGCUCUGACCUUGAGUCAGCUUCACCCGGGGCCCUGCGUGCUCGCACUUUGUUCCGCUUCCUUCCCAGGGCAGGCAGCCUGGCGUCGGCGGUGGGAAGGGACAGAGUUGUCGGCCCCGGGGUGAGGGCCCAGUGGGCAGAGCUUGCCUGGAUGGAUGGAGUGUAGAUAUGUGGCAUAUAGAGAUAUAUAUUUUAUAAUGGGAGAGGGGACGCCACCUCCUGGGACCAGCAGAGGCUGGGAGGUGUGCUGUCAAGCACAUGGUCCCAAGACCGCAUCCCUAGAAAGAUGGGGCCUAUGAUAGGCCCUGUAUAAAUACAUAGAUAGGGUCAUGUUUAAGAAAUAUACACAGUGGGGGUUGGAGGGAGCGGGCUCAGUGUUGAGCCUGGGUCCCUCUCGCAGACAGCCCCACAUCAUCAGUCAGUCUAACACAUGCACAGGAACCUAUUUCCGCCUGGGUGCACACCAGGGAGCUCCUGGCAUACUUCUGCCCAGGAUCAGGACACUGGAGUGGGCCCAUGCAGCUCUUACUCCUCUGUUGCCCUGAGGACAGGUAGAUUCGAUCUCAGAAGUUGCUAGGUGCUGAAGGCAGGAAAAGGAGGAGGUUUGGUCUAAGCAGGCUCUUCCUCCGGCAGGUCUGUGUUCUGUACCCUUUGCCCCUGGUGAUGUCAAAGAUUCUUCUGUUAGCAGCCUGUGGUCACUGACCUGCAACUCUAGCACCAGUCAAGUCAGCCCUCACUCCCCCUACCUAUUCUCCCCAACCAAAGUCAAAUUGAAAUCUGUCUUGGCCUCUGGGCUUCCAUUAGGAAAAUAAACGUAUUCAAAAAAUUAAAAUGGGACAGCCAACCUCGCUUUUGGAGAAAAGCAGUCUAGUAAUUAGUGAUAAGACUAAACAGAGGCUUUGGCUCACUGCUCAGGGUAAGCUCAGCUGGUGGCUUAUUACACCUCUUGGGGCUGUGUAGUCCUGCCCACCUCUGCUCGUCUUCUCUGGAUAGGUUUUUAAGAUUUCAGCUGGUUCUCCCUGCCUGGCAGGUAGUGACCCUGGGGCUGGAGCAUCCCGGAGAGGGGGCUGCUUGACCCCUUGGAGUCCCUGUGCUAAAUGUGAUGUCCUCCCAUGCUCCAGCAGGGCUCCAUUCUGACCCGGAGUCCACCAGCACCAUGCAGGAGGACUGGAGGGGAGGAGGGCUGCCUUAGGCAGUCCCAGGUGCUCCCUCCCCCUCUAGCGCUGGCAAGGUCUUCCCAGCUCCUGCUGUCAGGACUGUCUUCAAAGGCCUUCCCCUCCCACUUCCGCCCGCUGCUUAUGUGAAGAAGCUGGCCUUCCCCAGCAGCCCUGCACCGCCUCAGCUGGGCCUGGUGCUCCCCAAUCCCUGCGGUGAGUGUGAGGGCCCGGGUAGAGGAGCCUCACUGUCAGAGCACGUGGCUUUCCCGAAGGACUGAGUGGAGGCUUGCAGGUGGCUGACCAGCACUGACCUGACAAGUUCCCUAGAGUGGAUUCCUCGUGGGGGCAUCUACCUGGUGGUCUCUGGCUUUCCUUCUUGCCCAGUCUGUGGGCUUGGUCUUAGGGUGGCGUGUAGGCCCCCAGUAUCUUUGGAGGGGUCUUCGGGAAUAUGCCUGCUUGGCUCUUAUUCCACCUCUACCCCGAGUGGGGCUUCUCGGGUCCCUUCCAAAGGAGAGCUGCUAGGAUGCUAUGGUAGUUGAGGUGGGGCUGGAGGAAGUCGACGCAGUGCAUCUAGGAGCUCUUUGUAGAUGGAGGUGAGGCUGCAAUCAGGGCCUUGGAGGAUCCCCAUCGGGGUUCCCUUUCCAAAGAACAGGCUUGUUUUCCCUGGAAACUAAGGUGCUGGUCACUGAGUGACAGCCUUCCUUCUGCAGGUGCCCUGUGAGGCCUCGAGCCGAUCCGUGGCCCUUGCCAGGGGGAGGUAGCCGGUGCUAGUGCCAGGGUCACGGAUCCAAGGCCUCCUGCGGAGGCACACAUGCCAGCAGGGGUCCCAAGCUGGUGCUAAUUCCUCCCCACAGGACUCAGUAAGCCUGGGAGCCUGCAGUAGGCUGUCCCUCAGCUGUGGGAUACACUAUGAGAAAGCAGAAGUCCCCCGAGGAGCCUCCUGGACCAUGGGCUGGGCGUGGCCGCAGGUAGAGAGAUGGAAGGAGUAAAGAUCGCCAUGGCUUUUGGCAAAUGGCUGGAGUGUGGGCGCAGGGGCUACUGGUAGUAAGGCCGGCCAACGUCGGAAGCGUCUACCCUCCCCCACGGCGUCUCUGUUCGGGGAACCCUGGCCGUCACACGCAGGUUUAGGAGUUGGGGGAGUUAAGCUGAGCCGCUUUGAAGGCGUGUGAUUGCAGGAAAGCUACAGAUAGUUGGUUUCCAUAGUCUCUUCUACACAGUGUGCCCAGAGAGUGUGACUUCCCAGGCCUGUCUCGCUGGGCGGAGCUGUUGCUGGUCUUCAGGCCCUGUCACUGGAGGAGCCCUGGCUGGGGGCUGGGACUCUGUGGCCAUCCCAGCUGAGAUUGCAGGCGGGCCCGUGUGUGGAUCUGAGUUUGGCUGGUGCUUGCCUGUUCCCAGUGCCUGUGGUGAGGUGGUGGCACUGAGUUGUCCAGUUGGCGGGGGACGGCUGAAGCCUGUCAGCCCCCUAUGAUGGCAAAGGUGUUGCUGAGUGAUGGGGUCGGGUGGCUAGAGUGGCUUUUCUGAUCCUUUCCCAUCCAGUCCUCGCCGGCACAGGGAGCAGCAGUGCUGGGUCGGGGAACCCCCUAAGGAAAGGUUGAUGGGGGUCACUGUGAGCUCCUGCCUGUUUGUGUUAGGAGAGCUGAGGUCUUUGGGAAGUAAGACCUUGUACUUGCAGGCUUCCGAGAUGCAGCUAAGGUUGACCUUUGGUUGGAGACAAGUGUCUAGCCCAAACACUGGAGCUUUGAGGCCGAAAAGCAGGCCACGAGUGAGAAAUGCGGAAGGUCUUUUGCUGGGAGGGACUCGGCAGCUUCUCUAGGGGACCCCAGAAACUCCAGUAGCUGGCUCCCCUAGUGGGAUGCCCUCCAUUUGUGGGCUCAUAGAGCAGACUCCUAACCCCCACCCAGCACCCGAACCUGAGGACAUGAGCAGUGGUCUAAAGUCUCACCUAGUCCCAUUUUACAGACUAAUUUGGUUGUCCGGCCCGAGAAUUCUACAGAAACAACAACAAAAGCUGAAAUUCCUUAGAAUAUGCAGAGGGAGGAGGUGACUCAACAAGGUGCUAAACACAUUUUAUUAAAAAUAUAUAUUGUUAAAUUAAGUCUGCUGUCUGGACAAUGAUGUUUUGUUUUGUUCUCUUGUAGUGGAGUUUAAAAGAGACUAUUAUUUUACUCUGAUAUAUUAUUAUUAAAAAGGCAUUUUAACUUUGUACUUGAAAACUAAGUGAGCGAUUUCACGUGUUUUAGCUGAGGCAUCGAAGUAGCGGGUGCUUACUUGUGGGAAAUCAUGUAUUCAUACUACAAAAUAAACUCCGUAGCUGAUUUGGUAAUAACUUUUACUGUUACAGACGAUUUCGCUUUGACCCCGGUGGCAGAGCUCUUUUACUCCACAUUCCACGCAGCUACAUGCAGGACCUUCCAGAAUCUUCCCUCCCCUUGGCCCUCUCUUUCCUUUCUGUUCCUCUUCCUCUCUCUUUUCCUAUUUUUUUUUUAAUUGUUGUUUGUUUUUUCCUGGUCCCAGCAUCCUUCUACCACUGUAUUUUUUGUUAGGGUUGCUUCUCUAUUUAUUGACAGUAAUAAUGUACAUUUCACAGUCUGGUUCUGGGACGGCCAGGAUGGGUGUGGGGGGGCUUCACACAGCCUGCUGCACCGUCCGGCGUCCAGUUGUAUCUCUGUGUACGUGAUGCUUGUGGCAUAGCUGUUGAUGAAAUAAUUAAAAAGGUCAAUGCGUACAGCAGAUGUAGAAAGUCUGUCAGUUCCGCUUUCAUCACUUUUUUUUUUUUUUUUGUGCCCAGAAGGAUAUAAUAAAGCUCCUUUCUAAUGUACUUGUGCUGGAGAACACUUGAAUAAAUGGACUGUUUUUGUGCAAAAAGAAAAACGGAAAAAAAAAAAAAGCACCGUCAUAAUGUCCUUUUGUCCUGCGUCUCCUUUCCCCUAACGUGACAGCUCACAGUAAAGUACUGAAGAGGGGGCAGUGGAUUGUGGGUGUUAACUAGGGGCUGGGACCCAAGGGCAGAGGGAGCUUGGCUCAAGUUCAAAGAUCACUUAGACUGAGGUGGGUUGUCUAGAAAGGCGACUUGACUCCCGGAAACAACAAUUGUCUUCAGACCGGAGCAGGAAACAGAUCAGGAAACAGUUAGGUGGCAGUAGAACCAGUGGGGAGGGAGUUACUAAUGCCAGAGUCCAGAAGGGAGAAGUCAGGGAAGGGAGGUAGACAGUUGGGGCUGGGGCUGCGGGAAUCCUGGAAGAACCUGGGGGUUAGAAGGAAAUAUUUGCAAACUCUUGACCCAAGGGCUGGGACAAGUGGCCAACAGGGGUACUGAUGGGCUGAGGACGGGCUGCCUCAGGGCCUUGGGGUCUGCGAGUUACCCACAGUGUCCCCUGUCCUACCUAUCAAGAGGGCCUCUCCUACAUAUCUCCAGGAGGGAGCACCCAGCAGCCUUGAUCGGGGUGUCCACUCCAAAGGGUUGUUCAGGCUGUUUCUUCCACCAGGUUCGGGAGGGAGGUUAGGAUAGCAGAGACACUGUGUAGGGACCCUUGAGCAAAUGGGGAGAGCCCCGCCAAACAGGUAUUUUCAUGGGCACUUUUUCUUGCUUAUUUUUUUUUCUUUGACAAGGUUGUAAAUGUAUAUUUGGCUUUUACUCUACUUUUUUCUUGAUGUUUUUCAAUGUUGAUGUGGAAUCUUACUUUCAAAUGGCUGCAUGGCAUUUUCUUGUUGAAUGUUUGUUUAUAUAUAUUUUAUUUUCGCUAUAAAUAGAGCUUCAAUAAACAUCUUUAUGUUUUGGCUUCC